UGUAAACAGACACAGAGAGACAGGACGGGUAUUUUUCCGGAGCGUUGUCUGCGUGGUGUUUUUUAUUUUAUGUUAUUUUGUAUUAACGCGUGUUUAAUCGCGUGUAUCUGAUCUAUGCAGCGGCUCGGACGCCGAUACUGAAGCCGCCAUGGAGCUGUACAUCAACCUGAAGGUGAAUUUUCGGGGCAACACGAAGAGCUUCCUGCUGUCCGGCUCCGAGACGAAGAGCUGGGAGUCGAUGGAGGCCACGGUCAAAAGAUCUUUCGGCUUGUGCAGUCUGCAGCUGACGUACUUCGACGAGGAGAACGAAGAGGUCUACAUCAACAGCCAGCUGGAGUAUGACGAGGCUCUGAAGAGCGCAGCGCGGCAGGGCAACAGGCUGCAGAUGAACGUGUACGAGAGCAGAGGGACGACCGGGCGUGUCCCCGGUCCCGUCCCAGGCCCCGGUCUUUCCCAGGUGAAAUCCGGAAGCCUGACGGAGCCGAAGAGAGGAUUCCGUCCCCCUCAGCACUGCCCGAGCCUGGCACAGGCGGUGAGCCGAAAAGUUGAGGCUGCUGUGACCGAGGAGGGUUUAGUGACCCUGAAUGAGCUCAAGGGCGGUAAAGCAGAAGAUAAGACGCCUCCGGCCUGGUUCACCUCCUACAUGGAGAAGUUUAAGGAUCAGGUGGUCCGUGAGGCAGUGGAGAAGAUCUGCAGGGAGUUUUCAGGCCAGUGCUGCAUCCACAAACCCCUGGGAGCCGAGGCUCAGGUCUCCGAGGUUUCCUCCUCCACGCUGCCCGGGGCUCCGAGCUCGGCUCCGGCCUGCAGCAGCUGCAGAGGACAGACGGCGGGCGGAGGAUACCAGUGCAGCGUGUGCACGUCCUGCACCCUGUGUGAGCCGUGCAGCUUCUCACAUGACCCGAGUCACAACCUGGUGAGAGCCAGGACGCCUCUGUCCAUCCCCGAGCGCGGAUCUCCAGCUCCGGAUCAGAGCAGGUUCUACAGACGGGGAGAUCGGAGCUUCCGCAAGGCCGAGAAACAGCGCCUGAAGGCGGAGAAACGUCAGCUGAAGGCGGAGGUGAAGGAGAUCAGGAAGCAGCUGAGGAUGGAGAGGAGGAGUCUGCAGUGGGGCUGCGCGGGAGACGGGACCUCUUCACCGGUGCUGCUACAGCCGCGAGCCACGCAGGCCAACAGCCCCGAGCGUCCUAAGCGUCCAUGUCCUUUAGCUGUCCCCGCGAUGACGGCGCUGCUGCUGGACGAAAAUCUCCCGGACGGAUCACGGCUGAGGCCUGGGACCAAAUUCAUUAAAUACUGGAAGAUGAAGAACAGCGGCACGAUGAGCUGGAACUCGGACACCAAGCUGAAGUUCAUGUGGGGGAAUCUGGCCGUGGGUUCGGGGGAGAGGUGGAGGGAGGUGUCCGUGCCCACGCUGCAGCCGGGUCAGGUGGGUUUAGUGAGCGUGGCUCUGUGCGCCCCCACCCUGGAGGGCACCUACACCUCACACUGGCGCCUGGCGCACGGAGGAGAGCAGUUCGGGCCGCGGGUCUGGUGCAGCAUCGUCGUGGAUCCCGAAGCUCCGACUGCUAUCUCGGCCGACGGCCUGCUGGUGUCCCCGUGCGUCACUCCUCAGGAGAAAUCCACUCGGACUUUAGAGAGGGAGGAGAAGAACCGCACGGUGUGCCGGGAGCCGCUGCUGAUCACCGUGGAUCAGGACUGUGAUCAGGAGUUUUACAUCCCGUCCGUGGAUCUGCUGACGGCGCAGGACUUGCUGUCGUUUGAGCUCCUGGACAUCAACAUAGUGCAAGAGUUGGAGAGCGUCCCCAACAACACGCCCGCAGACAUCACUCCGUGCAUUUCUCCUCUGCCCCAUGAUGCUCUGCUGCAGGACAAAACUCCUCCGGGGCUCAUUCAGGAGGAAGCUGGGGACGAAGCCCAGGCAGUCAAUAGCAUUCUGGAUGUUCCCCCAGCCCCGGAGUCGGGCGGAGUCCCCGCUCAGGAGAAAGGUGAGGAGGACGUGAUUGGCCGUCAGUUCGUGAGCGAGUCAGUGAUCCGUUCCCUCACGCUGGGCGGAGUUUUAGAUCACGGCGUCCUGCACGGGAGAGUCGCCACCACGGUGUUGCGUCCAGCACCGCAGGGCUCGGUGUCUCUGUGUGAGAGGAGGAUGGACAGGAUGGACAGGAUGUCCGAAAGCGCCGGCGUCCCGCUCUCAGAUCCGCCCAGAGUCGAGCCUGAGGAGCUUCCGGAUCCUUCUCCUCUCGUCUCCAUCCCUGCUGACCUCGGCGCUGCAGACGAAGGGAACGAGUCGGACAUUGAGCGGAUCGUGGUGGACCCGGCCGCUGGAGGUGAGCGCUCCGAGGAGGAACAGGACUCCGAGGGGACGAGGACGAAGUCCACGAAGGAGGUGGAAAAAGAGGAGAAGAAAGCGAAAGAGGCAGAAGAGGGUAAAGAGAGUCGCAGCAGGACGUCGUCCGCUUCCUCUGAGGAUUACAUCAUCAUCCUGCCGGACUGUUUCGACACGACGCGUCCUCUGGGAGAGUCCAUGUACAGCUCGGCUGUGUCUCAGCAGGGAGACGAGAGUCUGGAACGGGUCAGCGCCGACGCUAACGACAUGCUGUGCGCGUCUCAGACGCUGGACUCGGUGCCGCUCACUCCUGUGAUCGUAGCCGCGCCCAGACCUUUAGCCAAGUCCAGCUCAGAGACGGAGGAGCAGCUUGAAGCAGCAGAGACGCCGCAGGAGGAGGAGCUUAAUCAGCCCAGAGACACAGAGGAGAAGGAGCCAGAAGAUCAUGACGCCGCAUGCAGUCCGUCUGACGCGGUGAACUCUUGUACAGCCGCUGACUCUGAGAUCCAGGAGCUCAAAGCGAACAGUAUAACGGGAGGUCUGGUGAAGGGCGCUCUGUCUGUCGCAGCGUCUGCGUAUAAAGCUCUGUUCACGGGACAGUCCGGCCCUAAACAGCUUCCUGAAGAAGCGGCCACUCAGGAUGCCAUGAUGGCCGUCCUGGUGGAGAUGGGGUUCGCCGACCGCGCACUGAAUCAGCGUCUGCUGCAGAAACACGGCCCCAACCUCCUGGACGUCGUUAAUGAACUCGUGCACAUGCAGGACAACGACUGGUACAACACCCGCUACUGACACACUCUUAUCUCCCUUCUGCCUGGAGAAUGUGUGUGUGUGUGUGUGUGUGUGUGUGAGAGAGAGAGAGAUGCAGCGUGUGUCCCCUGAUUAGAGAAUUAGAGAACUCACAAUGAUUUCUUUUCAGCAUUCCCUGUGUGUGUGUGUGUGUGUGUGUGUGUGUCUGAGAAAGAUGCGAUGAAGUGCGUUUGCGUUCGUGACAUUACAGGAAUGGUUCAAAAGUUUAUGGACACCUUACGUUUGAUUUUCAGCGACCCCUGAACCUGUUCCAGAGCUGCAGGUAGAGACGUGAAACAAAGCUUCAUAUAGAGAACGUGGAGUGUGUUUAGGAAGACACGGUGGACCUGCUCUGCUUGUGCUGUUAUAAUUGUACAUGUUCCACCAGCUUCAAUAAAAUAUAUAUUCGCUUCAGCCAGAGGAGGACAAAUAAUAAAGAUGUUAGUGAGCUCGUUGUACAUGGACAGGGUUGGGGAAUGUUUCCAGAAAAGCUUCCAAAUCUAACGAAAGCCGCACUAACGCACAGCACAGUUUAGUGAGAAAAUUUUUUUUCUUCUGUCUUUUUUCCUUUUAAAUGAAUUUGUAACUUUAAUUCAUGCCAUGUAUUUAAAAACAAACAAACAAACAAACAAACAAAAAACACUCUGAUAGAAAUCCUUUAGAGUUCCACAAAAAAAAGAAAAAUCCAAUUUUUUCGGUAAAUAAGUCUGUUUGGAUCUCAAAAAAGUCAAUGAUUUUUUUUUUUUUCUUCUGGAGAACUAAAAAUACUGUAGUUUAAUAAAAAUAGGGGGGGAAAAGAUGUUCCGGAACAAAAUAAUUAAAUAAAAAAUAGCUUAAAACUCUAAUAGUUUAAAUAUUCUGAAACAUUCACCAAAAGGGAUUUCAAAAAUAAUUUACAAAAAGGUAAAAAAAAAAAAAAAAAUCCUGUUAAGAAUCUGCACUAAAGGCCCUUAUAAAAAUCUUUGGAAUUUAAAAUACCUCAAAGGUUUUGAUCUUAAAAAAAAAAAAAUCUAGAACAAAAAAAGGAAAAAAAAAAUACUUUUGAAGAAAUCCUGAAAAAUCCUUAAUUUUUAAUUUAAUUUGUUAUUUGUUUUAAUACAGCACACAAGCUCGGUGUCCUGAAACUUUUGCUGGUCUCUGUGUGUGUGUGGUCACUUUUUUCUUCAUCAGAAGAAAACCAUAAUGCAAAAAAAAAAAGAAUAAAAUAAAAAAUGUAAUCAUGACAAUGCAUGACAGUGAAACAUUUUACAGAGAAAAUGGCGACUCGUUAAGUUUAGCGUGUUACUACUGACUUACAGUAAUUUAUAAAUAGUUGUAGUGUUUCUGCUUGUAGCUUUUUUGCGUGUGAAUUGCAGAGCGCGAGAGAACAUGGAGUUCGAUGUGCAAUAGAUCCAUUCGGCCGUGUGUGAAGUGUGUGGCUUUAACUUUAGCGAAGGCUGUGGAUUUCUAAGUUUAAGAAUGUGAGGAACGCAAUUUUUUUUCUUUUCUUUCGACUGGGAUGCAGCGAUACCGUUAAUUUCAGUGUGAGUGCAUGUUUUUUGCUACUCCUCAGUACUGAUACUGAACUUUGGUAUUAAUCAGUCAUGAUCUUCACUGGAUUAGCUCCAUGAUAAGCGCGCGUGUGGUCGUGUGUUUGUGCACUUAGGCUACUAGACUUGUUCUUUAUAACGCCAAGGAGUUGAGUUUCAUAAAGAGUUAAGUGUGUUCGCUAGCUACAUUAGUUAGCUUGGGCGGAGUCGGGUUAAAUACUGUAGCAGCUUUUCUUUCACUUCUGUACAGCUGGAAGUAGAAAGUCAGAAUAAUUCUGUAUCGUUCUACUUUCCUUUUCAUUUCUUUCCUGUUAGUGUUAAAGUCCUUCAGAGUUGUUUUAUGCUUAAGAAGUUCUUUUUAAUCACUUGUGCAUAAAGAAGACACGUCCUUCUAUCUCUUGAGGGUUUUUUCUGAGCAUUAACUGUAAAUUACGUCCUGAUCUCAGUCAUUAUACAUCGUCUAGUUAUUAAUAGCAUUUUCAAAUUUUUAUUUUCAAGUUGUAAAUCUCGGUAUACGAGUGUUGGUAUCGGUGCAUCCCUGAUUUUUUUCGUUGUUGUUCAUAGAUGAAAGAAAAAUGCACUUGAAGAUCAGCUGAUCGUCAAUCAAAACUCUUUACAACUAAAAACUAAGGAAGGUUAACUACUGUAUCAUGCUGUGAACCAUUUUUGCAUUAUAUAAUUAAUAUAUAUGAAAAUUGAUUAACGACUCGAGUGGCAAUCAUAAAGUAUCAACACUUGAUAUUAAACAUCGUACAAAUGCUUCUAGUUAAAAAGCGGAACAAAAGUCUUGUGGGAAUGAUCUAUAUUUUGAUGAUUCACUUUCCCUUGGACUUGAUAACGUGUAAAAUCUAAAUGCACCUUAAUGAUUUUUUUAUUUUAUUUUACUUUCUUUAGCGUGAACUGAAUCCGAGAAGCAUUCCACAUUAAUGCUGUGUUUCGUUAUUUCCUUUUUUUUUUGCUGAGGUACCGAAGAACCUCAUGUUUGUCGGAAAGGGUGUAAAUACUUUUCAUUUCACGUUCUACAUGUACACACAGUGUACUCUUACAUUUACGGUCUGCCUCGCUCUGAUUCUUAGGACUUUCCUUUUUUUUUUUUCCCUGUAAAUGCAUCUCGUGAUUUCUUCCAUCGGCUCGGCACGUCCCUCGGUGCUUUCGGGAAUCAUUAGAAAUGUAAAAAAGACCAAAAAGACCCUGUGGGGACCAUGUGCUUUAUUUAUUAGAGUGGAAAUGUUUUGUCUGUUUGCAUUGUGACGAGCGGAAAGUGGCGCUGUCAAUCACCUCAUGCUGUUCUUUAUGUAACACGACACACCUGAUGUAUGAAUCUGUCUGUAAUAAAUGCUCAUAAAUAAA